GGGUGUCAGGGGUUAUGGGGAGAAGGCAGGAGCAUGGGGUUAAGAAGGAAAGUCGAUUGAAUGACGGAGUAGACUUGAUGGGCUGAAUGGCCUAAUUCUGCUCCUAGAACUUACGAAUGCAUGUGCCAAGUGGAAUGCCUCACGAUUCAACGUAUAGCAUUGAUUUUUAAGUAUGGUAAUUCACGAGGGUGGCGUUUAGAGGGAAGAGUAGAGCAGCCAUGAUUGAAUAGCAGAUUGGACUCGAUGGGCUGAAUGGCCUAAAUCUGCUCCAAUGUCUCCUAAGGGUCCCGAUCCGAAACAACAUCUGUCCAUUCCCUCCACAGAUGUUGCCUGGCCCGCCGAGUUCCUCCAGCACUUUGUGUUUUGUUCUGUACUUCUUUUGUGUGCCUCUAGUUUCGUGACCUUCACGGAUCUGUAAUACAGAGGAUUAACAGCACGUUUAAAAAUAAUAAGUUACUGACUUCAACUUACUGUGUCCAUAGAGACAUGAUGGAAAUUAGAAAUGUUAAAGUUUUAAUUGGUGCCUGGGUAUGAUCAAACAAGUUUAGGCGGAAUAAUUAGAAGAUACCAUUAAUUAAAAUAAUAUGGGGUACACCGGACAGAUAUUAGUCAAUUAAUUUCUAGUCGUUUUAGGAGGUGCAUUGCCAAGGCUGAGGUAUUUGUGUACUGAUGUCGAGGUCAAGGGAUGAGAGAGUGAGAGUGCAGCGAGCGCUAAGUAGGUCGGGCUUUAGGACUGCGCGGAAGCCGUCUCUACCCGGUAGGACUCUGCAGUAAGUGUAGGGGACCUCAAGGAGGCCGCGCCGGCUGGGGAGGACGCUGGAAGAAGCAGCCGAGGAAAAGGUCCAGGCCUGGAUUGGCAACGGACAAGGGAAAGCUGAAAGACAGAAGGCACUUCUCCGCUUUAUUAUACAUAAAAUCUAGCAAUCUAUUAAAUCUGAUCCCAUGAUGCCGUCCAAUACCAACACAAACCCUGCCCCGGAUGAAGGAGUUGAGACGCAGAUGAAUGAUGAGCAGCCAGAGAAAAAUAGAAACAAGGAGAAAAGACGAGGCAGGCCAGGGAGAAAACGCAAGCAAACAAUGGUCUUCUCCUUUCUCUGGCACCGGGCCAGCUGCAUUCAAGAUAACCGUGUCUACAUGCGGCCUAACCAGCAGUCCUUAAAGGGACCGCUGGAGGCCGCCACCAUAAAGGUGGACAUCAAUGACACUUCCAGUGAAAUGGUGCCAGCCCCAAAGUGCCAAUCUUCCCAAGCAUCGUCAACACAAGUGCACAAUGGAGAGGUAGAAAUUAAACAACAAGAGAUGGGGAACUCACAGCUGACUGGAGAAAAGAAUGUUCCUGAAAAUGGCGACCGUGGAAGAUCUGUCCUUGAGGCUCAGAACUUGAAAGACCAAGAGUCCAAUGAAGAAAGCACAAGUCUGGAUGGGGACAUAGAAAUAGAUUUGGAGAUAGAGAAUGGUUGUUACACCCCAAAGUAUGGACAGGAUUCUGAAAAAGGAGAAAAUGAGAAACUGCCAUCUGCUCUCAGAAAGAAGUACAAAAAGCGUCAAGUGGAGCCAGCUGAAAAAGAUUCUGAGGAAAACACAUCUACAGAGUCAGGAAAAGCUGAGCAGGGAACAAGGGGGCGAAAUCGUGGCCAAUCAGGGUGGGAAAAUAGCCUGCGUCAGAGGCCAGUUCAGCGAAUAACCUUCCAAGCUGGCGAUCCCUAUUAUAUCAGUAAGCGGAAACGAGAUGAGUGGCUGGCUAAAUGGAAGAAAGAGUCUCUCACCUCCAUGCGUCAUUCUCCCGCUAGGAGGAUGAGUAAAAAGGCUGCAGACCCCCCUGAUGCAUCCCACUUGAAUGCCACCCCAAUGCUUAGCCAGGAGGAAGCACUCUUACCGUGGGGUGAAAUGGAAAGAAUCACAUAUUUUCCCCGAAGUGGGAAUCUUCACCCCCUCCCCCAGACUGAGGCUGAGAAGAGGGCAAAGAUUGUCGCAGUGAUGGGUGCACAGGAAGAUAUCCCAGUUCAGAAAGAAAAAGAAACAAGCACAACCACUUCCCAGCAGCCCACUGAACCAGCACCUCCCAGAAUUGUAACAACUUCAGAACCUUCAGUCAUUUCACACGAGACAGCCGAGAAGGACCCUGUCAAAGCAGUGGAGGAGGAUUCAGAAUAUGAAGAUGGGCGAGGAUUUGGCAUUGGAGAGCUGGUGUGGGGAAAGCUCAGAGGAUUCUCGUGGUGGCCAGGUCGUAUUGUGUCCUGGUGGAUGACUGGCCGGAGUCGGGCAGCUGAAGGAACACGAUGGGUGAUGUGGUUUGGAGAUGGCAAAUUCUCAGUUGUCUGUGUAGAAAAGCUGAUGCCUUUGAGUACUUUUUCUACUGCCUUUCACCAGCCAACCUACAGCAAACAACCUAUGUAUAGGAAAGCAAUUUUUGAAGUCCUACAGGUGGCAAGCAACCGAGCAGGUAAACUCUUUCCAGCUCAAUCUGGGAAUGAUGAUUUGGAGACUACCAAAGGUGUGGAAAACCAAACCAAGCAGAUGAUUGAUUGGGCUUUGGAUGGAUUUCUACCCUUGGGGCCAAAAUGUUUGGAUCCACCUGAAGAGGAGCGAAAUCCAUACAAAGAGGUUUAUACAGAAAGUUGGUUGGAGCCUGAGGCUGCUCCUUUCCCUCCACCUCCCCCUGCCAAAAAACCAAGAAGAAGCACAGAGAAGCUAAAAGUCAAAGAAAUCAUAGAUGAGCGAACUCGAGAGAGGCUAGUCUUUGAUGUGAGGCAAAAUAGCAGAAACAUUGAAGAUAUCUGCCUUGCCUGUGGAAGUCAAAAUAUUUCUCUUGAGCAUCCACUUUUCAUCGGAGGGAUGUGCCAAGGUUGCAAGGGCUUGCGACAAGCUAAAACUGGGAACUGCUUCUUGGAAUGUGCAUACCAGUACGAUGAUGAUGGUUACCAGUCCUACUGUACCAUCUGCUGUGGGGGCAGGGAGGUACUCAUGUGCGGAAACAAUAAUUGCUGCAGAUGCUUCUGUGUGGAGUGUGUGGACCUACUAGUCGGACCAGGAGCUGCACAGGCAGCAAUUAAAGAAGACCCCUGGAACUGUUACAUGUGCAAUCACAAAGAGAUAUUUGGACUGCUAAGACGGAGGGAUGAUUGGCCAAUACGGCUCCAACAUUUUUUUGCUAAUAACCACGACCAAGAAUUUGACCCACCAAAGUUGUACGCGCCCAUUGCUGCAGAGAAGAGAAAACCUGUCCGAGUACUGUCACUUUUUGAUGGCAUUGCCACAGGGCUGCUAGUUCUGAGGGAUCUGGGGAUACAAGUGGAACGCUACAUUGCAUCCGAAGUCUGUGAUGAUUCCAUCACAGUGGGUAUGGUCCGACACCAGGGGAAGAUCAUGUAUGUGGGAGAUGUUCGAAAUGUUACUCGCAGACAUCUAUUGGAGUGGGGUCCAUUUGACCUGGUGAUCGGUGGAAGUCCCUGCAAUGAUCUAUCCAUUGUGAAUCCUGCCAGAAAGGGACUGUAUGAAGGCACAGGCCGCCUGUUUUUUGAGUUCUACCGCCUUCUUCAUGAAACAAGACCCAAAGAAGGAGACAACAGGCCAUUUUUCUGGCUGUUUGAAAAUGUGGUGGCAAUGGGAGUCAGUGACAAGAGAGACAUCUCGCGCUUUCUAGAGUGUAAUCCUGUGAUGAUUGAUGCCAAGGAAGUCUCUGCUGCCCAUCGAGCCCGUUACUUCUGGGGUAACCUUCCUGGUAUGAACAGGUUGGUGAAAGAACGACCACUGGUUGCCAUGUAUAACGAUAAACUUGAUCUUCAGACCUGUCUUGAGCAUGGCAGGACAGCAAAGUUCAACAAAGUGCGAACCAUCACCACUAGAUCUAAUUCUGUCAAGCAGGGCAAAGAUCAGCAUUUCCCAGUCCUAAUGAAUGAGAAGGAAGACAUUCUCUGGUGCACUGAAAUGGAAAGGGUAUUUGGUUUCCCAGUCCAUUACACAGAUGUCUCCAAUAUGAGCCGCCUUGCCCGACAAAGACUUCUGGGGAGAUCCUGGAGUGUUCCUGUCAUACGUCACCUGUUUGCACCACUGAAAGAAUAUUUUGCCUGUGUUUGAAAGCAAAGAAGACAAAGGAACUUAUAAAAAAAAUAUUAAUUUACUACAAGGAAAAAUUUCAUCUUUUGUUAGAUGUUACUUAAUUUUACGUAUUUUAAAUGUCAUCCUUUUUAUCCUAUUUAAUUUUUAUAAUGUUUUUAAUUUUCAGCUAUUUUAAUGUGUGAUUUUGUAAGUUUUGUUUUUGUUGUGUUCAAGCUGUACUUGAGAUGAGGCUGUUCAAUCCUUUGCAGCCCUGGGAAAAAGACAAUUUUGCCUUGUGUAGGUGGAUAAGAGCACCAGGAAGAAGAUGGAUAUGAACAGAGCCUGGAACAUCAAGUCAGCCAGCUGAGCCUUGCCUUACCAGCACCAUUUCUGGUAUCUAUCUCAUGCAAAAAAUAACAGUUAUUUACAUUUCAGGUGCAACCAGAAACCACGAGGAAACAAUAUAUCAGCUGCCAGUACGUUUCAUUUCCAUAACACUGAUAGCUUAAAGGUACAACUGUGCAACAAUUUCUGCAAUGGUGCUUUUACAAAAGGUGAUUGAAAGCAUCAGCUCUGAUGUUGCCUUACCGUUUACAAGAGGCAGAAUUGUAAUAUAAUCAGGACAGAGCAACAUCGAGGUGGUCUUUAGUGGCUUGAGUUUGAAAAUAUAGUAAUAUUUUCAUAAGCUCAAGAGGUCACUAUUAAGGACUCUUUGCCAUGACUGUAAUUUUUCUAUCAUGUUUGUACAAUAAGAUAAAAAUAUAUAACAGAAAAUGGUGCUUUUUUCUUAAGCAUGAAUCCUUGGGCCAAUGCCUGGUGCUUAUGUAACAGAUCAUUUAUAAGCACCUCAAAUAGCCAGCCAACAUGCAGUGAUGUUUUUGGUCAUCCAAAACUAAAUGACAGGCUGCACUUUUUUACUGAAGGACUGAUGAAUUUUUUACAUCUGUGAUUUCCUUUUAUUUCUGGUUGAUUUAAAAAAAAUUUCCUUUGGGGUCUCUUUUAUACCAGGAAUACCCCUUCUUGUAGCUGCAUAUAAAUCAGGUACAAGUCAAUACAGUGCAGCUUGAUGAUGUAAUUUUGCCUUUUUUUCUUUUAUUCCCAUUUCCUUCCUUAUCCUUUAUUUGUUAGCAUAUAUUUUGUUAAGUUGUUUAUGCAAAUCAUACUUCUACUGUCAGUACUUGAUCAAACACAGCCAACAGGUUUCCUUAAAGCAGUUGUUGAUUCAUAUGGUGCUACACAUUUUUUUUUCUGAAAUAUUGAAAGAAAUCUGCUAUCUUGACUAUGAUUCAUUAAGUUCUCGUAGUCAAGAAAAAGCACUCUUAUUUUACUCUUUUAAGAAAAAAAAAGGCAUUUUAACUUUGUACUUGAAAAGGAAAAAAAUCAGUUUCAUGUGUUUUAGCCUAGACAGUGCCGUAGUUGGUGCUUAUUUGUGGGAAUCAUGUAUUCAUAUUGAAGACGAUGUAGUAAAUUUGCUAAUCCUUUUACUGUUACAUAUGUAUUUGCUUGAUCCCCAGCAGCAGUGCAUUUUCUUUCCACAUUCCAUGCAGCAAGCAGUAUUUUUGGUUUUAUUCCUUCAUUUUACUGUCAUUAUAACUUUGAUAAUAUUUAUUGACAAUAAUGUGCAUUUCAAAAUUAAGAGAGUUCACUGAAGAUUGUAUUUCAGUGAAUAUUGUAUUACUGUGUAUUGCUUGUGACAUAGCUGUUUAUGGAAAGGUCAGUAGGUGCAGCAGAUGUAGCAGUCAACCUCCAUCCUGUUUUCAAUGCCCAAUAAUGCUCCUUUCUUAUGUACUUGUGCUGGAGAACACUUGAAUAAAUGUAUUGUUUUUUUUGUGCAAAGUGUA